AUUGGUAGACAUUCUACUUUAAAAGAAAAGCAAACGAUUCUAGAGAAUAAUAUUGAGAAGUGUAGCAGCAACCGAUUUUUGUUUUUUUUUUUAUUAUUCUUACCAAGAAAAAUUAUUUCUUAAACGGAUUGUGUUUUUUAAAGUUGGCAGUUGUGUACAUAUUUUUGCAAUGGAAGCGGAUUUAAAUAUAACGAGUCCCGAGCUAGACGAAAUGGAUACGCCCCAAGAGCUAAAGACGCUGCUGAGCUGCAGCCUGUGUGGACGGGACUAUGACUUGUUGCGUUUAUUGCCCAAAAUGUUGGAGUGCAAACAUGUGUUUUGUGUUGAUUGCACUGAGGGGAGAUUGGUGAGAACUCAAUCGAUGGAUCAUGUGAUCUGUCCAAUCUGUGAGAAACACUCUAGAAUGGGGCAACAACCGGAGUCUUUGAUGUUUCUAUUGGCACAAAUGCCAGCCCUCAAAUUGGGCAGAGCCAUGCUGAUGAACAAUACCGCCGCUGAAGAGAGGACGUCUCAGCCGCCGUCUAGUCGUAGUAGUCAGCCCUCCAGCAGUGGGAGGAGAUCUCUAAGAGUAAGUAGCGGGCGCAGAGACAGUAAUUCGCGGCCCACCAAUUGGAUAGAUGAGGUCUCUGUUGAGAAUUUCCUAAUGCGAAGCGGCAGUGAACAUUGCCCCAUCCAUGCUAUGCCCCAUACGAUUUGGUGUCACAAUUGCCAGAUUAUUAUAUGUCGAGCGUGUGCAGAGUUGCAAUAUCAUACUGGGCAUCGUCUCACUCGUCAAUUGGACUUUGAUGAACUGUUGCGGCAACUCUUCUCCAAUGAGUUGGCCAAAAUUGACAAAAUAUGCGAUAAGACAAACCAGUUUGCCACCCGUGAGAUAAGUAUCUGGCAUCAACUUUGCGAGACUUGCUCCCUGGUGCAGUUGCAUAUUAAGCGUGAGAUUCUGGAGCAUAAGCCGACUCUUAUUGCCUGCCAGAUGCGUGGCUGGCGUCAGAGAACGGAACGUGAUCUCGUAGUUGGCGAUGCUCAGCUGGGUACCACGGAAAUGUUACGGCUUUUGAGACAACUGAAUGAACAGAAGGCAACAUUUCAAGAUCAAUUAAAUGAAAUACAAUUUCAAUGCCAACUAAAGGCUUUGCUCUAUGACAAUGGCUUGGACAUAUUGGAUUUUAAGCAACUGAAUCAACGCGUUUUGGAAUUGCGACAACCACAAAACCAAAUGAAUGACAUAACCUUGGGCGUUGAACCGCCGCCGGCUCUGGUCUUGACGAAUUAUUGCAUCUACUCGUAUUGGAAGGAAUUGCAAUCCCAAUUUACACCACCAACUACACGAAUCAAUCGAAUGAAUACGGAACUAGUUCCUCAAUAUCGUCAGGCUGUGGUCCUGCCAAACUUCAACCAACGUCAACGAGAACGCGAGGCUAUGCGUCAAAUGGCGCAGGAGCAACAAUACAUUGAGCGUCAAUUGCAACAGCACACACGUUACUAUACAUAUUGGGAGGACUUCAAUACAGAUCAGAUAUCGCAUGGCAGUGGCGGAAGCAGCAACGGCCGAGGCAGUCCAUGUGCUUCUACAACAUCCUCGUCUACUUGCACGAAUCCAGCAGCUCAAUUGUUCGAGGAUAACAGUUAUAAUUGCUUAAACUUGGAUCAGCAAUUGCCACAGCGAGGCAGCAUUCCAUAUGAAGUUUUGACAUCACCCUAUUGGGGUUUUUUUGUCCAACAGUCAUUGAAUACCGUUCUGGACCCAAACCCACAGGCUGAAGAAGAAACCCCCAACUCGACCCUUGUUGCUCCUGCUGCUGUUGCUGAUGUUGCUGAUGUUGAGGUUUCUGAUGAUGAGGCUACUGCUUCAGCCAUCGAAAAUCUGACCAUCCUUCCCUCUAUCCCUUCAAAUCCUACUACUGCUCAACGCUUUCCUAUAUACUUUUUAGAUAUAGAAAUCGCUAGAAAUCCUGCUGGACGCAUUUUGAUUGAGGUGCGAAACGAUGUGGCUCCACGCAUGGCCGAGAAUUUCCAUAAACUCAUUCUACAUGAACGUGGCUAUGGCUACCGAGGUUGUUCCAUAUUUCAGGCCUGGUCCAAUAAGGGUAUUAGCACGGGCGAUUUUGAAUGGCACAAUGGACGCGGAGGUCAUGCUGCUCUCGUGGAAGAUCAAUUCUUUUUGCCGGACAACACACAAUUGGCACCACAGCGUGGGGCAGUUGGCAUGCGACGUGGACAUAGGGUAUACGAUAACAACAGUUUUGUGGGAAGUCAAUUUCGUUUGAUCCUAAAUGAAUAUUGUCCAUUUACGGCCAUAUUUGGUCGCGUUAUAUCUGGAAUCGAAUUGGUUGAACGACUUGCCGCAACCGGAGAUGCCCAUGGACGCCCAGUGGUACGAUCUAUUAUCAAAAAUUGUGGAAUAUAUCGACCGCAGUGAAUCUUUGUCGUCAAAUAGAGCGAAAAACAUACAUGUUAAAUCUAAAUUAAUUGUACUGAGUCAAAAUUUCUUGCAUUUCUCACCCGUUUCUUGAGAACUUUUUGAUAGACUUUUUUUACACCACCUUUUUGGAGGCUGUUUAUUUUUGGAGAAACAUAAUUUAUAUACUCUACAACAACCAAAAGAAAAAAUUACAAAUUAAUUAUACCUAACAAACAACAAAAUGAAACAAACGUCCAAAUGUAAUCCAAAUUAUAAUUUCUAAUACAUAUUAUAUGAGAUCAGUA